CUAGACUGUAAAAUAGAUUGAACAUUUGGGGAAAAUAACGUAAAACAAAAUGUCAAAAAGUGUUGCGUGAGUGAAAUUUAUUGAUAUUUAAUAUGAACACAAUGAUAUUUAUUGUGAUUUUGGCUGCAAUUAGAUUCCAAAUGUUGGUCGCGUUUCCUGAACCUCAGUGCUCCAACAACGAUUUUCAAGAGAAAAUUCUGGAAAAAACGGUGCGGAUGGAACUGCAUAUAGAGUUGUUAGAAAAGGAGAAUAAAGAACUGAAAAAUCAGCUGUUAUUGACACAGAAUAACUACAACGUUGAUCUGGCUGCCCAAAAUGCAAGGCUGGGUGAAAUAGAAGCGCUGAUACUCGCGAAAAGUUUAAACACUGAAACACGAAUUGCUGAAGCCGCAGAGACUAUUAUGGAAAAAUAUACAAAUGGUUAUUGUACAAAACACAAGAUCAUAUUCAGAGCAACACUUAGUACGCAAUCUUUGGCAUUGACCGCUGGGAAAACUGCGGUCUUCGAUACCGUUCAUGCAAAUUUCGGCAACGCUUACAACCCUAUCAAUGGUAUCUUUACACCUCCUUUAAACGGAACGUAUGUGUUUCAAUUUUCCAUGGGUAAUCCAACUGGAAAGCCAGGACGACUUUUCUUGAAGAAAAAUGCAGAGUUCAUCGACUAUGUCAUCGCCGGACACACUUCCGGGUGGGACAUUGCAGGAAAAACAGCCUUUUUUUACCUAGAAGUUGGAGAUAUUGUGUAUGUUGAGGGUACAGGUUACAAUGCCGGUACAUAUGACGUAAACGAAAGUAUUCAUUCAAGUUUCUCCGGAGCACUGAUGCACGCUUGCUAAAGACCAUUGUUUUAAUUGUUUGUUUUCAGUGGCAUGGGGUCAAAUUGAGUUAUGUGUUUUAGCUGAUAAAUCAACUGUUUAAGGAAGUCUAUAUUGGAUUCAUUGGAAAUAUUCCUUGGGUAAAUAAAAACAAAGUAAACUAUUUGCCAAGCUUUAGUAUGUUUGAACAUAUGGCAAUUGGUUAACAACUAUUGUGUUUUUCUGUUUUCUUAUCUUUGUUUAUGAUAAAUGAACAUGAAAACUACAUACUCCAAGUUCAUUAUUAUGAAGAGCGUGAUAAAGACCUUUAUUCAUACAAAAAGUCGUCAUUAUUUUGUUUUCUGCAGUUUUAUCAAAUAUUAAUUAUAUUUGUUUGCAGUGUAUGGAAUAAAAAUAAAUUCUAACACCGAAUGCAUUUUCGUUUCAUUUAUCUAAAUCGAGAGAGAGUCUAUGGUAUAAUGGUAAACAUUCUGAAUUAUUGUGUUGUUUUAUUUUCAAAACCUUAUUUGCCUUUAAACCAUUUCAUAGUUUGCUUGAUUUUGCUUCAGUUCUUCUAAUGCAUAUAGUUAGCUAUUAUUGCUGUAUAAAAUGAGGCUUAAGUCAGUGUAGUAAAAAUAAACGCGUUAGCUGGUUAAAGCCUGGCUACGAUUAAAACUACAAUACCGGCAAGCUACUUGU